CUGCAGUGAAAGCACGUGACUUCAGCGGACCUGGCAACCCGCGCAGACGCAACCAUCAUGGCGGACGAGGUGGAGCAGCAACCGACGACCAACACGGUGGAGGAGCCGCUGGAUCUGAUCAGACUCAGUCUCGAUGAGCGAAUCUACGUCAAGAUGAGGAACGACAGGGAGCUCCGCGGCCGACUGCAUGCCUACGAUCAGCAUCUGAACAUGAUCCUGGGUGAUGUGGAGGAGACGGUGACGACGGUGGAGAUUGACGAGGAGACAUACGAAGAACUUUACAAGUCGACCAAGAGGAACAUCCCCAUGCUGUUUGUCAGAGGAGACGGCGUGGUGCUCGUAGCUCCGCCCCUCAGGGUGGGCUAACCUCCAGCGUUUCCUGAUGUGGACGAGCGGCGGGGACAGCUGAGACGUUUCUCGCCCUGAGGGAGAGGGUGGUGCUGUCCCGACGAGCUGGACACAGGGCGAAGGUUAAAACAUCUGUGUUUCAGACUGACGACAACACCAACCUCUAAUUCUACAUUCAGCGCUCGAGUUUUAGAAACUUUGCAGAUUUUUGAACUUCCCUGUGUGAAGCUGCAAAGAUAUAAAACAACAAAACCAGGAUUAUUGAUUUGGACUUAAAUGAGCUUUUUAUUUUACCUGGGUGAAUUGGUAUUAAAUCGAUUUUGGGGAUGUGGUGAUUUCAGGCCACUUUUUCUCAGGAUAUUUAAUUUGGUUUCUGAAUCGCCUCAGCUUUAUUUUGAAACCAGAAAAAUUGAGUAUUAAUUUUUAAACACUUCCAGAGGAAUUAGUCGACUCAAUUCCUGUGGCUUUAAGAAAAAGACCACGGUGGAAAAGUCUCAUCCUGCCCCACUAAGUGUUGCAGCGAGGUUUAAUGUGAUUUUCAUUUUUGAAACGAUUCCUCGAGUUAAACUUCUGUGUCUGAAAACUAACGUCUUGCAGUUACUCUGAAGCCCUGAACUGUGAAUGUGGGGAAGUUGUUUGAGUUUCUUUUGGAAGAUUUUAUGUUGAAUCUUUUUAUACAUAUUUUUGUAGCGUUGUGUUGGAUGUAGCAUCGUGGCUCAGAUGUGUCAACAUUUGUUUUCAUUUGGUUUUUGGAUACUUGAAUAAAAAAG